GGAACAUAGACGAUGCACAUUACACUGCACAUACGACGCAUCGCCAUGUUUGUGCUUGUUGUAAUUCUGUCCAUCUUCGGCCAAAGUCAAGUGGCCGUUACUUCGACAAGCACCUCUAGUAGCACUGCAGCGGUCAAUGGUACCACCGACACAUUAUCAGCCCAGUCUGUUUCACAACCAACACCAGCAACCUCGGUGGCAAGUUCGUCGUUUCUGACUGCCGUACCUUCUACUGCUGAUGAUCAUACCCUCAGAACGUUUCAAUCUUCUGGUGUUCCAUCAAGUGCUCAACCAUCUGAUGUUCCUUCAUCAAUUUCCCCUGGUGUUCUGUCGUCGUCUGUCAUUUCUGAAGAAGAACCAUUAUUUGCUGUUUCUGGCUUAUCACCAUCGUCUUCUGUUGAUAUCCAACUGACACUUCACCCUGAAUACCCAGCGUCACUCACUCCUUCAAGUGUGUCGACAUCGUUUUCUCCUGGGGAUACCCAAGUGACACUUCUUUCUGGAUUCCAAGCAUCACUCACUCCAUCUAGUGUGUCGGCGUCGUCUUCUCCUGGUAAAAUCCAAGUGACACUUCACCCUGAAUACCCAACAUCACUCACUCCAUCUAGUGUGUCGGUAUCGGCUUCUGGUGAUACCCAAGUGACACUUAAAUCUGAAUACCCGACAUCACUCAUCCCAUCUACUGUGUCGGCAUUGUCUUCUCCUGGUGAUACCCAAGUGACACUUCAUCCUGAAUACCCAACAUCAUACACUUCUUCAAGUGUGUCGGCAUUGUCUUCUCCUGGUGAUACCCAAGUGACACUUCAUCCUGAAUACCCAACAUCACUCACUCCUUCCAAUGUGUCACCAUCAUCUUCUGGUGAUGUUCUGUCAACACAUCCAUAUGUUGACCAACAUUCCUUCGAUCCUUCUGAAUUGUCGCCCUUGUCCACUCCUGGUACUGUACUAGCAACUCAUCCUUCUGACCAUCAACCAUCAUCUUUGGCUUCGAGUUUUCUUAGAAUAGAUUGGACAUUAGGUGACCUGAAACUCCCCAUGACGUCUUCUGUUUCAUUGGAAUUACAUGACUCAAGUGAACUCGACGUCUUAUUUCCUGCUACGUUCAAGUAUGGCACCACUACUCAUAUGUGUAUCUGUCGAUGUCGAACGACCAAGCCAACAGACUUGGCAAUGGCUCGUUCUGCGAGUCAGGUGCUGCAGCAGAAUCUGCUUCUAGAGAGGAAAAACGUCACAAAGUACAUUCUCACAAAGAUAAGUGCGCCGAACAAACAAGUAACAUCCACGUAUAUAGGGAGCGUUGGCAUCGUGCUGGGGCUGGUCACCAUGUGCCCUAUCGUCAUCCCUGAUGUGGUAACAUUGUGCUUCUAUCUCAUUAAAAAUGGGAAGUAA